AUGGGACUGGACAGAACUACACUUGCGACAACGAGAGGCUUCGGAGAUGCCAUUCAAGAAACCGUUGGGUUUAAUUGCCAAAUCUGCGAGCAAUGUGACAGCAGUCGGAUGGUGUUAUGUGAUAAUUGCUCCCUAUGGCAUCACUAUGAAUGUGUAGGUGUAACCGAUCAGAUAGAGGAUGAAAACGUUCCGUGGAGCUGCCAAAAAUGCAAUAAAAAGAUGAAGCGCUCCAAAAAGGGCUUUCAAGAUGCAGCAUCCUCGAAUCUACCGGGCCCAAGCAAACCAACAAGCAAAGCAGAUAUGCCAUUGGAGACACGUGAGCAGAUAAGAGCCAAUCGAACAUCAAAGGUAGGCUCGGUUUGUUCCCGAGGAUCGGCGAAAGCCUUUCUUGAAAUUCAACUUCGUAAGGUGGAGGCGGAGCAAGAGAUUUUAGAGGAGAAAAGAAAACUCAUGGAAAAGAAGUUUAGCUUACUUGAAGAGAUGGCAGAACUCGAGGAAUUACAUUCUGUCAAGGAGGACCAGCACACUAUGGACGCCGUUGAUAAAUGGCUAGAAGAAUCGGAACUAUCUAUUAAACUCCAGGACGACCGGAAGAAAAAAGCUCCGCUCAACGUUCAUCACAGCUCCGAGUCAGAGUCCUCAACGGACACCGAUGCUGACUCAGUGAAGAGCGACCCAACGAAAAAGCGGAAUUUCAGACCACAUAAACAGUCUACACCGAAAGGAAUUUCUUCAGGAUCGAUGAGAUCGGGUAAGGCUGGGGCGAAUGCUACCAAAAGCAACCAGAAUGCCUGUAGCCUUGAGCGUAGUCACCUAGCAGCCCGACAAGUGGUUAAAGACCUACCCGUCUUCACAGGGAACCCGGAAGAGUGGCCCAUGUUCGUAUCCACCUAUGAUAGUACUACCACCAUGUGCAAUUUUAAAGAUGAGGAGAAUUUGAUUCGCCUGAGAAAUUGCCUCAAAGGAGAUGCUCUCAACGCUGUGAGGAGCUUCUUAAUUCAGCCAUCGACAGUACCAAAGGCCAUUAACGCGCUUCGUCUGCGAUUCGGUCAACCUCAAUUCGUUAUAAGUGCUCUCAAAGAAAAAAUCCAUUCGAUGCCAUGCCUAAAAGUAGACUAUAUGGACAAGUUGAUAGACUUUUCUUUAGCGGUCCUAAAUCUCAGCGCCACUAUCGACGCGUGUGGUAAAAAAGAAUAUUCACGAGACACCUCGUUAUUGAAAGAUCUCGUCGAUAAACUUCCGGAAGAACUUAGGAUGAAAUGGGCCCGGCACCAGCGUAGUUUGAAGAGAGUCAAUCUUGCGAAAUUUAGCGAUUGGCUUUACACGUAUGCUGAGGAUGCUUGUCUGGUAACGGAACCGCGAAGCUCAAAGAACAAACCUGCUGAUGCCGACCGGUAUGGUCCCCGUAAAAUACGGGCUUCACUCAACACCCACACUGAGUUGGUUGACUCGGAAAGCAGUAUCCACGAAGAAAAAAGUUCAACAUUGACGCAUUACGCUAACAAGGGUUGCCUAGUAUGCAAAGGAAGUUGCAUAAGUCUUGAAAAAUGCAAUAAAUUUCUGGGAAUGACGUACAACCAAAGAUGGUCAGCAGUGCGAGAGAAAACAUUAUGUAAGAAAUGUUUAAAAUUGCAUAGAGGACGUUGUGUGGCACCCGUCUGUGGUCAACAAGGCUGCACAUACAAACAUCACGCCCUGUUACACAAAUAUUCCGAUAGUCCAACGGCGGCACCUGUGGAAAAUUCUGUAUGUAAUACGCAUCAAGUCAAUUCGGGUUCAGCACUACUCAGAUACGUUCCAGUUAAGCUCUACGCAAACGGAAACGAGCUAGAGUGCUUUGCAUUUCUUGACGAUGGAUCCCAUCUUACGCUUCUAGACGAAGAAGUCGCUAACACAUUAGGAAUUGUCGGGGAGAAACGUCCACUUUGCCUUCAAUGGACGGGCGGAACCGAACGGAAUGAAUCCAACUCCCGAGUGGUAAAUCUCCAAAUAUCUGGACUAAACGGUGAAAAACAUCAAUUAGACGGUGUGCGUACUGUUCGUGAGCUCCAACUACCAUAUCAAACCCUUGAUUUCGAUGACAUGAAGCUUAAAUAUAAUCAUCUCUGUGAUCUGCCCGUCCAAUCGUAUCAAAAUGCACGACCACAAAUUCUCAUAGGAAUCAAGCACGUAAAGGUGGCGCUAGUGCAGAAAAGUAGAGAAGGAGAUAUGGACGGUCCCGUGGCAGUUAAAACUCGCCUCGGCUGGUCCGUCUACGGAGGAGGAACAGAUAGUUAUGCUGUGAGCAUGGUCCACUACUCCUUCCACAUACGCUCGAGUGGAAUUGAAGAAGAGGUACACCUGGAAACACAAUUGAACCAAGCGUUAACCGAUUAUUUUGCCUUGGAAAGCCUAGGCAUUACCACUCUGAAAAACGAUAUACGUUCCAAAGAGGAUGAACGAGCCCUGAUGCUCCUCCACGAAAAAACGCGGUUUACCGGGGAACGUUAUGAGACCGGACUCCUGUGGCGAUAUGACCAUAUUCGUCUUCCUAACAAUGAAAUUAUGGCUAGGCGCCGUUAUGAACUUUUGGAAAAACGAAUGAAACAGAAUCCGGAACUGAAGCGAAUGCUUACCGAUAAAAUCACUGACUACAUAGCUAAAGGAUAUGUUGAGAAACUAGCUCCGUCUGAGGGUACCUGGUCCGAUCAGUAUCCGGUUUGGUAUCUACCAAUCUUUCCAGUAACAAACCCGAACAAACCAGGAAAAAUUCGAGUGGUUUGGGACGCUGCCGCAGCUUACAAUGGUAUCUCACUCAACUCUGUACUGAUGACGGGCCCGGAUCAGCUGGCGUCAUUGGUUACAACAUUAAUCAAAUUUCGAGAACAUCGUUUCGCCGUUAGUGGCGACAUCUGUGAAAUGUUCCACCAAGUCAUCAUAAGAGAACCUGACCGCCAGUGCCAGCGCUUUUUCUGGAAGGACCGAGAGACAGACGAAUUCCCCAGCAAGUACGUUAUGAAGGUCAUGACCUUCGGAGCCAGGUGUUCUCCAUCAAGCGCUCAAUUCGUUAAAGAUGCUAAUGCGGAACGAUUUUCAAAACAGUUUCCCGUCGCCUCGAGCAUCAUCAAGUAUUCAACUUAUGUCGAUGAUGUUCUCUUUAGUGUAGAGAACGAGGAUAAAGCAAUUGAAAUAGCAAAAAAUAUUCGCACUAUCAACGCUGCAGGAGGAUUUCAAACACACAACUGGAUGUCCAACUCGCAGCGGGUUCUGAUGAUGAUGGGUGAGUCACCGAAAACGGAGAAGAGUCUCGAAGUCACCUCGGAGACUACAGGCGAGAAAGUUCUUGGUAUGUUUUGGUGCACCGAGGACGAUUGCUUUACCUUCAAGAUCAAUUGGAGUCGACUGGACUGCGAACUGCUGAACCUAAAGCGAAUCCCUACGAAGCGUGAAGUCCUAAAAACAUUGAUGUCCAUAUAUGACCCGCUCGGCUUAGUGUCCCAUUAUCUUAUGUUUCUGAAAAUUCUGUUGCAAGAAAUAUGGAGAGCCAAGGUAGAAUGGGACGAGUCAAUUGGAGAAGAAUUUUUCAAAAGGUGGACAGCGUUUAUAAGCGUACUUCCCUCCCUAGAAAACUUAAGGAUUCCUAGAUGCUACCAUCAGAUGUACGAACCUGAUCCGAACGUCAAAGUACAACUGCACACGUUCGUAGAUGCAAGCCAAGACGGAAUGGCUGCGGUGACGUUCCUCCGUUACGAAAUUAACGAUGCCAUCUAUUGUUCCUUGGUUGGAUCUAAAACUCGAGUAGCCCCUCUAAAAUACCUGUCAAUCCCGCGAAUGGAACUACAAGCGGGGCUUGUUGGCGCCAGGUUAACAGCAACAAUCAAAAAAAGCCUGACUAUCAAUAUUCAACGAACGUUCCUUUGGACCGAUUCACGCAAUGCACUCUCGUGGAUCGUAUCAGACCACCGUAAGUAUAGUCUUUUCGUCGCGGCAAGAGUCAGCGAAAUACUCGAACUAACUCAUGAGUCCGACUGGAGAUGGGUCCCCACUAAGUGGAACGUGGCUGAUGACGGGACGAGAUGGCAGCGACAAUCAGAUCUCUCACCGACAUCGCGUUGGUUCGUUGGGCCUCCAUUUCUACGCCAGUCCGAGAACACAUGGCCGAUGGUGAAUUUGAAAAAACUAAGUACGCACGAAGAACUAAAAAGACCACUGCACAUACAUGGUGAAAGACCAGAGGCAAUAUUUCGCGCAGAGGACUUCAGCCAGUGGAAACGGUUAGUUCGAGUCACUGCUUACGUGUUUAGGUACUUAAGAAAGCUUCGUCGAGAGGGGAAUUGCGGUGUACUAAAACGGGAAGAGCUACUGAUUGCUGAAGAGUUUCACUACCGUCAAGCGCAAAUAGAGGCCUAUGAAGAGGAGUAUCGUAAUCUGGAGACAGGCACAACAGCAAUUUCUAAGCGAAGUUCUAUUUAUAAGCUUUCAGCGUUCAUGGAUGAGAAAAAGCUACUUCGGAUGGAUGGCAGAACAGGUGCGUGUCGGUACCUGGACCCCGCAACGGUGAAACCCAUUAUAUUACCAUGGAAACAUGCCAUCACCAGACUUAUUGUUGCAUCGUAUCAUGACAUGUAUCACCAUCAGAAUCGAGAAAUGGUUGUAAACGAAAUUCGUCAGAAAUUCUACAUCGCAAAUCUCCGUCGCGUAUGCAAUCAAGUGCGAUCAGGAUGUCAACGCUGUAAAAACCGCAAUGCUAAUCCCCUUCCUCCAAAGAUGUCCGACCUACCCCCUUCUCGUUUAGCAGCUUAUACAAGGCCCUUUACUCAUACAGGGUUAGACUACUUCGGCCCGUUGGAAAUCGUGGUAGGGCGAAGAACUGAGAAAAGGUGGGGUGCAUUAUUCGUCUGCCUUACUACUAGGGCCAUACACCUUGAAGUCGCGUAUAGUUUAAGUUCCACCUCCUGUAUCAUGGUUAUAAGAAGUUUCAUGGCCCGUCGCGGAACCCCAGCGGCCUUUUACAGCGACAGAGGAACGAAUUUCGUAGGGGCAUACCGAGAGCUUAAGGAGGCCUUGGCAAAAAUGGAUCACGACGCUAUAGCAGAGGAAUUUAUUAGCUCGCAAACAGAUUGGAUCUUCAACCCUCCAGCUUCACCCCAUAUGGGUGGAAGCUGGGAACGGCUUGUUCGUUCCGUGAAACGAAUUCUCCCAGAGCUGCGAGUAUCGAGGAAACCAAACGACGAGGAACUACGUAACGCCUUUGCAGAAAUAGAAAGCACUCUAAACAGACGUCCGUUAACUCAUGUGCCGGCAGACUACGAAUCACACCAUGCCUUAACUCCCAAUCACUUUUUGCUGGGCAGUUCGGAUGGGUCGAAACCGCUGACGGACAUUAGCAACGAAGGUAUAACUCUGAAAAGAGGAUGGAUGAUCUCGCAAGCAAUAGCUAACCAAUUCUGGAAACGAUGGUUGCACGACUACCUCCCAGAGAUCACCCGGCGGACCAAGUGGUACGAACCAGUCAAACCUAUCAAGGUAGAUGAUAUCGUCGUUAUAGCUGAUCCUGAUCUCCCAAGAAAUUGCUGGCCUAAGGGACGAGUAAUCAAGACAACCAACAGAGAUGGCCAAGUAAGAAGAGUUUGGGUUCAAACCAGUAAAUCCAUCUACGAGAGACCUGCCGUUAAAAUCGCCGUACUGGACAUAGAUGGAAGUAAGACGAUCUCGGAGUAG